GCUUCCGCAGAUUGCCUGGGCACUCCCAUCGUCUACUCGCCCGUCAAAGCCGACCUGACUGGAAAUAUCAAGAAAAUCCGGGCGGUUUAUGACUCCAACCCCACCAAGUUCAAAACGCUGCAGAACAUCCUGGAGGUGGAGAAGGAGAUGCACGGCGCGGCCUGGCCCAAGACGGGUGCGACGCUGGCGCUGAUGUGGUUGAAAAGGGGCCUGAAGUUCAUGCUGGUGCUGCUGCAGAGCAUCUCUGAUGGUGAGCGGGACGAGGAGCAUCCGAACCUCAUCCGAGUGAACGCCUUGAAGGCUUAUGAGAUUGCACUGAAGAAAUACCACGGCUGGAUGCUGCAGAAGCUCUUCACGGGCUCAGUCUAUGCUCUUCCAUACAAAUCAGAUCUACUGAAGGCACUAGAGAAGGGUAAAGAAGUCAAAGAGGAGGAAAGCAUCGAGAAAAUCCAUCAGUUCCUGUCACGGGUCACCCCCAUCCUGGACGCAAUCUAUGAGAUGUACACGAAGAUGAACGCUGAGCUGAGCUACAAAGCCUGAGGCUCGCAGGGGACUGGCGGGGCUGUAGUAAGGUGUGACGGGUGCUGCUUGUGGUUUGCUCACUGGGGCGGCUCCUGGCUGGCGGGCGACUUUGCUUCGUGUCUGGAUCUGCAGUGGAUAACCUGUUUUCUAAACAGAA